GCUUGUGUGCAACAGCCUUCUCAGGGACCCACCUUUGGGAUAAAAGUUGGCGCUACAGGAGGUGGCUAUUUCCAGGUCAUUCCUAUGGAAAACUUCAAUCUCCACCCCACUGGUGACAUGCACGCCAUCACUGCAGCUAAUAACCUCGUGGCUGCUGCCAUCGAUGCUCAGGUAUUUCAUGAGCUGACCCAGACAGACAAGGCUCUCUUUAACCUCUUGGUGCCUUCAGUAAAUGGAGUAAGAAAAUUCUCUGAUAUCCAGAUCUGAAGGUUACGGAGGUUAGGCAUUGAAAAGACUGACCCUACCACACUGACGGAUGAUGAGAUAAACAGAUUUGCAAGACUGGAUAUUGAUCCUGAAACCAUAACGUGGCAAAGAGUGCUGGACACCAACGAUAGAUUCCUGAGGAAGAUCACAACUGGACAGGCUCCAACAGAGAGAGGCCAGACACGCACGGCCCAGUUUGAUAUCUCUGUAGCCAGUGAAAUCAUGGCCGUUCUGGCCCUGACUAGUUCCCUGGAAGACAUAAGAGAGAGACUGGGCAAAAUGGUGGUGGCAUCCAGUAAGAAAGGCGAGCCCAUCAGUGCCGAGGAUCUGGGCGUGAGUGGAGCGCUGACGGUGCUGAUGAAGGAUGCAAUCAAGCCCAAUCUCAUGAAGACCUUGGAGGACACACCAGUGUUUGUCCAUGCUGGGCCUUUUGCCAACAUCACACAUGGGAACUCCUCCAUCAUUGCAGACCGGAUUGCACUCAAGCUUGUUGGCCCUGAAGGCUUUGUAGUGACUGAAGCAGGAUUCGGAGCAGACAUAGGCAUGGAAAAGUUCUUCAACAUCAAGUGCCGGUAUUCUGGUCUCCAGCCACACUUGGUGGUUCUUGUUGCCACUGUCAGGGUUCUUAAGAUGCAUGGGGGUGGCCCCACGGUCACUGCUGGACUGCCCCUUCCCAAGGCUUACACGGAAGUGGACCUGGACCUGGUUGAAAAGGGCUUCAGUAACUUGAGGGAACAAAUAGAAAAUGCUUGGAUGUUUGGAGUGCCUGUGGUCGUGGCCAUGAAUGCAUUCAAGACAGAUACCGACACUGAACUGGACCUCAUCCGCCACCUUUCCAGAGAACAUGGGGCUUUCGAUGCUGUCAAAUGCACCCACUGGGCAGAAGGAGACCAGGGGGCCUUAGCCCUGGCUCAGACAGUCCAGCGAGCAUCACAGGCCCCCAGCAACUUCCGGCUCCUCUACGACCUCAAGCUUCCAAUUGAGGAUAAAAUCAGGAUCAUAGCACAGAAGAUCUAUGGGGCAGGCGACAUCGAAUUGCUCCCAGAAGCGCAGAACAAAGCAGAGGUCUAUACAAAGCAGGGCUUUGGGAAUCCAGCCAUCUGCAUGGCCAAAACACACUUGUCAUUGUCUCAUAACCCAGAGCUAAAAGGUGUGCCUACUGGCUUCGUUCUGCCCAUCCGUUACAUCCGUGCCUGCCUUGGUGCUGGUUUUCUGUACCCAUUAGUGGGAACGAUGAGCACAAUGCCUGGACUCCCUACCCCGCCCUGUUUUACGAUAUUGAUUUGGACCCUAAAACCGAACAAGUGAAUGGAUUGUUUUAAACAGAUCUGUCCGCAAGAGGCCACUUUGUCUGGCCAGUGUCUGUGCAGGCCCACUGAGGAAGUGUGCAGAAGUCCAGGAA